AUGAAAAGCAUCUUGUUGUUUAGUUUUAAUGAUUUGCCAUACCGAUUGAAGCAAUGCUUUCUAUAUUGUUCCCUUUUCCCUGAAGAUCAUGUGAUCGUAAAUAAUAGGCUCAUCUCAUUGUGGAUCGCUGAAGGAUUUGUUGAACAUGUCGAAGGGCUCACGCCAGAAAAAGUUGCAAAUGGCUAUCUUAUGGAACUCAUUUUUCGUAACAUGCUACAGCAAAGGUUUCGAGGACCCCUCCCAGCAUGUAAGAUGCAUGAUCUUUUGAGGGAGAUUGCUCUGUCAAUAGCAAAACAAGAAAAGUUUUGCGCUGUACAUGACGGCGGGAGUGAAACAACAGAAGAAACUGGGGCACUUCGUUUGUCAAUUCAAACAACUAAUGGAGAAAUUGGAUCAUGCACAGGUAUAUCACGGCUUCGUUCGUUUCUCGUCUUUGCCACUGCCGUAUCCUCAUUCUCUUUCCCAAAUAAAUUACCUUUUGACCUUAAAUUGUUGACGGUUCUAGAUUUGGAGGAUGUCCCAAUUGAUAAUUUGCCAGACAAUCUAACGUCCUUAUUUAAUUUAAAAUUUUUAAAUUUGAGUAGAACUCCAAUUAGGGAGCUUCCAGAAUCCAUUGGAAAGCUCCGCAACCUUCAGACCUUGAACAUCACGCUGACAAAAAUAGUUGCACUUCCAAGAGGGAUUUCCAAGUUGAUAAACUUGCGCCAUUUACUUGUGGGCAGGUUCAUUUUCGGAAAUUUUAUUGGGGUAAGAAUACCAUCAAGUAUUAGUAAGAUGAAGAAAUUGCAAUCUUUGGCAUAUAUUGAAUCAGAAGGAAAUAGUAUUAGACUUGUUGGAAAGAUGACCCAGCUUAAGAACGUUGGCAUUACAAAUGUGAAAGAAAGAGACGCGGAGGACCUAUGUGCCUCAAUUCAAGAGAUGAAGGUGCUUUCCUCCUUGGGUUUAAUUGUAGCAGAGGGAGAGGAAUUUCUUCGAGUUGACGCAUUGUCUUCACCGCCUCCCUACCUUGAUAUACUUGACUUGGUCGGCAAACUGGAAAAGGGUGUUGAGCACCUUACUGAACUACAACAAUACAGAUUUGAUAAUGUUUCAGAGAAGUUUAGAGAGUCCAUAAAAGAAGGAGGUGUGGAUCAUCCAAGGAUGCUACUCGUCGACGAGAGAUGUAAGAAAUAUACAAACAAGUCCAGGAGUAGUAGUUCAUGA